AUUAGGCGAGUUGAGAAACUCGGGGCAGAAGCGCCCCAGUUACCAGGGGAGGCAAAAAGCCGCGGGGGGGGGGGGGGGCAUCCAGGAGCCUGGGUAGUGAGCCGACUUCUGCUACCUUUCAAGAUUCACGCAGAGCAGAAAGGGACCGACAAACCCUGCUUAAAACAAAAAAACCACAACGCAUUAAUCAGCCAGUAACUGUAUUUGUCUAUACGUAUAUCAGCCAUGCAGCCGUGAGGGUGUAGCCCCAGCUAUCCCGUCCCUGAAAAUGUCCGAAGGUAGAUACUGGGUACUGCAGUUCAACUCAUAAGCAACGCGGACUGAUAAUCCACUCGGACACUCUCCUGGCAAAUCAAUAUUGUGGAAACAAACAGCGUCCUUAGCAACUGCUGGCCCGCUCUUUUCUGGGUAACAGGAAGGCGUAAACGCCUCCAGACAACACGGAUCUGAGGAUGAUUGGGUGUUAUCCCCACCAGUCACGUAGAUGCGGACACCGGAUUGGUUGGUAUGUUUAAACCUGUAGUCCCGCCUUUUCCGCUAAACUGGAGUCGAGCUCUGAGAUGAAUAUGACAUAAGCGCUGUGAAGCAGCUGGGGAUGAGUGAGAUGUAGCUUUGAGGAAGGAGGCUGUCUGUCAUUGCUGGAGCCAGGGAGAUACUUUAUUUUCACCCAUAUGGCUGCUUCAGUUCUCCAGCAGUCUCCCUCCUCUCCUCUGCGCUCACUUUCUCCUCUCAGCAAGUCUUUUCCUCAAAUCCCUUGUCCGAGGCAAAGACGACACGGAGGAAGAGAAAAGAGUCGAUGGAAUACAGCAAGCCUAACUGGAGAGGAUUGGAGCUCUUAUAGUCUUUCUGCUGCUACCAGCCACAUUCUGCUCCGAUCUAAUCACGAAUCUAAUGGUAUACCAAUGGAUGAUACAAAUCAGUCUCUACCUUCCUGUGCGCGCAGCUCAAAUAGAGCUGUAUUGACUGUCAGCACCAAGACCAGUAAGAUUUUAAUGGCUAAUGAUAAAGCCUGUAGGCUGUUUGAAUACAGCAGUCCUGAGCUGAUUGGAAUGAGUCUUUCCCAACUCAUUCCUGCUUCCAGUCACAGAGUUUCUGAGGCACUUGAGGAUGAACUUACGGAGUCUGAUGGAUUUUCACGGGUACCUGGAGAAGUAGUUGAAGCUGUUCGUCGUGGUGGAGAGACAAUCACACUGUGUAUGUGGAUACGCAGAAUUCAGAACCAAUGUCUUUUACUACUGGAGACAGUUCAACAAAUCACAGCUACUGUAUCAUUCAGACAGGAUGGAAGAAUUCUAUCCUGUGAUCCUACUUGUGCUCGCCUCUAUGGAUAUAUGGAACCUGAAGAGGUGUUAGGGCAGCACAUUACAGAUCUGUUGCCUACUGUAAACAUUCCACUUCAAGGAAGAGAGAUACCACAGAAUUUAAGAUGUCAGAGGCUGGUUGGUGUAACACGUGAUGGUGCUAAUUUCCCUCUCAGUCUGAAUUUAUCGGAGGCUUCGGUGGAUACAGGUUCCCAUGUAGAAGAAUACUGUGCCAGCUUAAGUAUUCUUUCCUCCAUUAAUGGGCUUAUUACCCUGCGUCCUGAUGGAUCCAUUCGAGGGCUAAAUGGAAGUUUCUCAAAUUCUUUGUUUGGAUAUGACCGAACACAACUGUUAGGGAAGAACAUCACUUUCUUGAUACCAGGAUUUUAUCAUUACAUGAGGAGUGCAGGGGAUGAGCCCUCACCUCUGCUUACUCCUCUGGGGGAGACCCUGGACACAUCUGGAUCCAGUGAUAUGAUCAGCAGUAAUGCAACUAAAGAAAAGUCCAGUGAACAUGAUACAUUUCAUAAUCCACUUUCUGAUGGGAACUGGCUCCAAGCUCCAGCCUGUUGUAUACUACAGACUUCCCAAACUCCAUUAACCAGAGCAGUAAAUAACCAGGAAAUGGCAGUUUCUUCAGCCCCAGAAAAUGAUUACUUACAGUCUGUACCUACAUGCUGUGUUUCUCCUGGGACACCUACACAGGAUGAGCCAUGGGAGAGAGAAAAAUACACAAGGCAUGACCUGGAUCUGGAAUCUGGCAUAACACCUCUAACACACUGCUUGAGGACUUUAAGCUUAAGCAAAAGCCAAAGUGAGAAGAAGGAAGCACAUCAGCACAUUAACUCCCAUCAAGUUUUUCCCACUGUAGAAAAAGCCUUUUCUCCUGUUUUAUCUCCAUGCCCUUCGGCUGUAGGUGAAAUACAUCAGCCUCCUAAUGCUUUAGGUGUCUCUCCUCCAAUUACGGUGCAGGUUACCCGUCUACCAGGUAGCCCAUCAUUUCUGAGUGAGACUACCUCCAUUCCCCUGAGAAAUGUCUGUUCUAAUGCACACCAUCAUGGAACACUGUUACAAGCAGAAAUCACUCAUAAUAUGAAUGAAACAAACGCAGCUCGAUCUACACCCUCUGCUAAUAACAUUCCUGUGAUCUCAAGUCCUCCGCUGUGCCAUCACAACCCAGUUAUUAAAACUGCAUCAGUUAUCCAUGCAAAUAAUGCAGGGGCAAACAACACACCCUCUAGCACCUUACAUAAUAAUUUAUCCCUCAGUCCAGUUUCAACUGUGUCAUUUUCUGAAUAUAUAAUGCAAAGCACAGCCAAUACUUCUUGCUCUCCUGACAAGAUACCAACUAUAGUAGAUGCUGACUCAUGUCCUACUAGUUCAGUUCUGAGCCCACUGCCCACUGAACUGUCAACAGAAAAUAAAGAUUCUGAAUCCCUUGUGGGUGGAGUCUUUCUGUACAAUAGAAAUAGUCCAACACCCAACCUAUCGCCAUGUAGAUCUGUGGAACCGGAUGCAGUUAACAGACUUUCAAGAGAAGAGUCUUCUCCAAUUCCUCCCUCCCAAGAAGGAGAGUCAAAUAGAUAUUCAAGUGAAACUCUAUCUCAGGUGACUUCAACUCCUGUUAAAGAUGACAGUCCCCACUCUUUGCAAUUGGAAUCUGCUGAUCUGAGCCACAAGGAGCUGCAAGUCCCAUUUGCUGGAGGUGAAAUACGAGAAGGAAUAUUUAAUGGCAGUUGUUACCACCGGGAUGGCUCCAGACUUUUCAUUCAGUUUGAUGUACAGAGGACAGUCUCGGCUGGCUCCUACCUGUUUAAUGUUUGGGUGUCUAAAGAUCUGCUGCAAAGUCAGAGAGACGCUAUAGCUCGGACCAGACUUUUGCUAUCUAGUUUUGCAAGCUCUUCUCAGUCUCUUCUGGAACAGUCAGAGCGCAGCCUAGGAGAGCUGAUCCGUAACAGUGCAAAUGCAGGGUACUGUACAGAGUUACAGGAUCUCCAGAUUGUGGGUGCCUGCAACGGGCAAUACGCCUUGAAAUACCAAACAGUAUCCCCUCUAGGAAAAGGCGCUUUUGGGUUUGUGUGGUCUGCAUGUGGCAGGGACAGUGCUAAAGAGGAGGUUGUUGUAAAGUUUAUUCGCAAAGAUCGAGUACUGGAUGACUGCUGGGUACAGGAUCCUGAACUUGGAAAGGUCACCCAGGAAAUUGCAAUUCUGUCACGGGUACAACAUCCAAAUAUAAUUAGGGUUGUGGAUGUGUUUGAGAAUGAUACAUUCUUCCAGCUGGUAAUGGAACUUCAUGGCGAUGGUCUGGACCUUUUUGACUUUAUUGAUAGUCAGCCCAGUCUGGAUGAGCCACUAGCCAGUUACAUAUUUCGACAGCUUGUCUCAGCAGUGGGCUAUCUUCACAAUCAACAUAUUCUGCAUCGGGAUAUUAAAGAUGAAAAUAUCAUUAUUGCACCAGACUUUAGUAUAAAACUGGUUGAUUUUGGCUCUGCUGCCCAUUUACAUCAAGGAACCCUCUUCUCCACAUUUUGUGGGACCACAGAAUACUGUGCCCCAGAGGUGUUACUUGGAAACCCGUACCCUGGUCCAGAACUGGAGAUGUGGUCUCUUGGUGUGACUUUAUACACCCUCAUUUUUGGGGAAAAUCCUUUCUGUGAAGUUGACGAAAUAUUAGAAGCAGAACUAAACCCUCCAUUUAAUGUAUCACAAAAGUUGCAGGUUCUGAUCUCUGGUCUUCUUCAACGUGACCCAGAAAUCCGGAUGACUCUGGACGAACUGCUCAGGGAUCCAUGGGUGACACAACCUAUAAACCUUGCAGAGUAUACAUGGGAGGAGGUAUAUCCACCUGCUAGCUCUCACAAAGAUGAUGAUGGUCCGGGGCUGUGCCCAGACAGUUAUAAAAGCGAAUGGAAUGAAGAAUUUCAGAAUCAGCCACAGUGACAGUAUAAAAUAUGCCCAAAAUAAUAGAAUUCUUAAACUAUAUAAAUGUGCCAUUGUAUCUUAGAAUCCAUAAGCAGAGUACACUGGAACAAUAUGGUCCAGUCACAACUCUAAGCAGACCUUACUGGUAAUCUAUGGUACCCUAUACUUGGGAGAAUGCAGAGGCUACACUGUUUAAUAGCCAACCCUGAGCAAUCAAAGCUUUGGACCAGAAAUUCCUCACUCCUGGGUUUUGCUGGAUCACUAAAGCAGGGAUCAACAACCUUUGGCCCUCCAGCUGUUGAUAGAGUAUAAAGGCUGUAGUUCAACCCCAGCUGGAAUACAGUGGCAUUCUGGCAUACCAGCAUUGAUCUAUAUAAGAUAUGGAACCUCUUACAGUAAUAUUCUUCAGUACAUUCCACAGUGUAAAUAGAUCUGUACCACCAGCAUAAUGCUGAUUUUCUGCACGGACAGACAUUUGGGUGAAUACAGUGGCAGUCAUUCCUUCAGUGUCUCUACAUGAGCCUGCUUUCAUGCCAGGUUCAAACCAGUGAAUUUCCCCUCAUCCCCCACACAGUGUAUCUGAUUAACAAGCCUAGUGUUUUAACCUAAGUUCUGUACACACAGAAUAUUUUCAUUCUUGGAUACUUAUUGAUCAGUACCUUUUGGGGCAUAUAACUUGGCUUGGCUAAAUUGGGCAUUUAGUGCACAUGGGACAGAUUUGGGCUGAAACCCAUCCAGUGGGUGCAUUAACAGGAUAAUGUCAGGCAUAUUAAUGUUGAACGGUCAUGGGGCAUAAGUGGAGUUUCACAAGUGUAGGAUCGCCACACCAUGUGCAACAGAUCUAACGAAAGUUGCUGAUGCCAUGCACUAACACCCAAAUUAUAUGAGAGUGCCCAUGCAGAUGAUUAGGCAGUCCAACAAGAUUCCACAGUGUGGUUUUGUCCCAAUAGUGGUGGAUAAAGGGGAGAUUUUGUGAAGAAAGUGAUCUUAUGCUAAAGCACGGUAGGUGGUACCAGGCAUGCUGUGCCAGCUAGUGGGGUAGGUCUCUCACGGGGAUUAAACAUCUGAACCAUGCCUCUUUGCCAAUCCAAACUUUGUGUUUGCAGUAAUAUAAAGUUAGUAGCUCUGACCUAUUCAUAAUGCUUUGUAGCCUAGCAAAGUGCAUUGUGGGGGGAAAAGGGGCGAUUUGCCCCAGGUUUUUGCAUCUGCACCCACUUUGUACAUGAACCUUUUUAUGUGAAGGAAGACGUGCCAUCCCUUGGUGAAAUGAAGUGUUGCAUUUACACCUUGCUCUACAUGAACUUAUUCUACUUGCUCAUUUUAGUUUGCAAAAUUUUAUAUUAUAUGUUAAAUCAGAUGGAAAAUCCCAUCCAACUUUAAAAGAAAAAAAAAAAAAAAAUGAAGUCAUAAUUUUACAGAUGGUACCUCAUCAGAUUACACUGUUUGGCCUGGGGGGGGCCUAUACUCCAUGAUCUCAGCCCAUCUACCACCUUCAUUUCUUUCUGUUUAAGAUUUCAUUUAUUGUUAUUCACCCCUAGAAACUAACUUGCUCAUUAUCAGUUACAAUAAUGCUCUAUGUGGUUUAGCAAGCACUUACCAGCCCCCCCCAGGUGAAAUGUUUGUAACUGGGAAUUUGUGUUGGGUGCCUCUAGUACCUCAGUGUGUCUCUGAGUGUACUCUAUCUCCUUCUGUAGUUCUUCUCUUUACACACUAAAACUGUGCCUGUUUUUAUGAAUUUUUGGAUAGUGCUUAAAUGUAUAAAUUUAAAAAUGUAUUUAAAUAUACAAAGUACUUUUGUUGUAUCA